UGGACACAUGGUAAACAUGCAAAUUAUAUUUGCUUUUCACCUUAAUCAAAAAUAUAUCUAUAUAUGUCUGUGCAGCAUACAUUAUUAUGGUUUUCUAUAUUAUGAUAAUAAAGUGUGAUUUUUUUCACACCUAUAAAGAAUGUGUCUUCUUUUUUUUUUCAUUUUUAAAAGCACACUGAGCAACAUGUUUCAGUUAAUUAAUGCAUUUCAUACUGUUUUAGAUAAAUAAAUUAAUCAUUACAGAGAGAAUAAAGGUUUUCUCAACCACCCUUGUGGUCCCAUGGGCUCACAAGUUCCUGGCAGCGCCAGAGUCGGCCCGUUUCUCAUUAUAGAUUAAGCAAGUUUGGACUCUUGUACUUUGUCAGAACGAACUUGGUAAGUUUGGCUCACGAGUGCAUACUCCAGAGAACAGGACUUUUAUUUUGUAAUUGGAACUGCUGUGAUCAGUAGAGUAGUAGGUGCAUCCUUAGAUGCAUUUCCACAAACAUACCCUACACCCGCCUCACAGGGCAGACAAACCGUCUUUGUUUGGUCCAUCGCUCACCAGCCUUGCUGUAGUUCACAGGGAACCCACAAUAUUCCCACACUUAAUCAGAGUUUCUGUAAUCAGGAUUAAAACUAGUUUUAUAUACUCUGUAAAAGCAUGAGAAACACAAAAAAGUUGUUUGUAUGUGUAGUUAAAAGAAACUGUGACUUAUCUUCAUGGUGGAUGUUAUGUGUUUGGAUCUGCUGUCUGCAGGUGCAGCUUUAAUGCUGUAUUUUGUGUGUUUACUCUCUCUGAAGUUUGUCUCCAGAAGGUAGCUGACUUUGUACCUUCCUUUGCCCAUAGACACACACACAGACACAGACACAAGGAGGUGGAGCUGUGUUAAUUAGUGCUGACGCUUUUUAAAAAUAUGGCGAAAUGAAAAAAAAGCUUCUUCUGAUUUGUCACUGAAAAUGUUUGAUAAUUUCCUCUCCUCUUUCUAAUAAGGUCAUAGUGAGUGUGAUUGGCGGCUGUGGGGAAUCUCUCUCUCUCUCUCUCUCUCUCUCUCUCUCUCUCUGUCUGUCUCUCAGGUUCUUGAGUCUUAUCUGGCUGAGUAGAGGUAAAGCUUGUUCUGCUGCUGAGUUGAGCAGUGUGUGUGCAAGAGAUGGACAUCCGAGUUUUUCUAUUGACCACUGUCACUCUCGUCACAUCUGGAUGUUGUUGGAAAGGCAGUGAAUGGUAUAAAUUCCUUUAUCCUCGAAGAACUUAACUACUUUCUCCACAUCGGGCCGGGGAUUGUCAUGCACCGUGAGAAACCACGGACUCACUGCGCCAGCGUAGGGUCUUACAAUGGGUUCAAGGAUUUCAUCUCAAUACCUAAGAGCAGGCAGGACAGUGUGAGGUUGGUGGAUGGUGGGAGCCGCUGUGCUGGGAGAGUGGAAGUUCUUCAUAGAGGACAUUGGGGAACAGUGUGAUGAUUACUGGGAUAUGAGAGAUGCUGCAGUGGUGUGUAGAGAGCUGGGCUGUGGGGAAGCCAUAGAUGCACCACGGAGAGCUCGCUUUGGAUCAGGAUCAGGACCGAUCUGGGUGGAAUAUGCUAACUGUGCUGGAUCAGAGUCUUCACUGAAGAACUGUAGGUCGUAUGAUUGGGGUAGACAGAGAUGUAAUCAUGAUGAAGACGCUGGUGCUGUUUGUGCAGAAGUCAGAUUGGUGGGCAGAUCUCGCUGCUCAGGGAGAGUGGAGGUUCUUCAUGGAGAGAGCUGGGUCACAGUGUGUGAUGCUGACUUUGACCAGCAGGAUGCAGAGGUUGUGUGUCGAGAGCUGGGCUGUGGUUCUCCUGUGGAGGUUCUGGGAGCAGCUGCUUUUGGUAGAGGGGAGGGUCAGGUGUGUUUAGAGGAGCUUCAGUGUAGAGGCAGCGAAUCACAGAUUCACUUCUGUCCAAAAUCAUCUUCACUCAAACACAACUGCUCCCAUGAUAAUGAUGUGGGACUGGUGUGUGCUGACAGUGUGAGGUUGGUGGAUGGUGGCCAUCGCUGUGCUGGGAGAGUGGAGGUUUUUUAUAACAGAACAUGGAGAUCAGUGUGUGGUAAAAACUGGGAUAUAAGAGAUGCUGCAGUGGUGUGUAGUGAGCUGGGCUGUGCGGAGGCUGUAUUUAAAAAUGUUCAGUUUGGACCAAGAUCAGCCUGGAUGGAUGAUGCGAACUGUAGUGGAUCAGAGUCUUCAGUGAAGCACUGUAGAUCAGCUGGAUGGGUGGAACAAAUUUGUAAUCGACUUGCUGGAGUCAUCUGUUCAGGGGUCAGAUUGGUGGGCAGAUCUCGCUCCUCUGGGAGAGUGGAGGUUCUUCAUGGAGAGAGCUGGGUCACAGUGUGUGAUGCUGACUUUGACCAGCAGGAUGCAGAGGUUGUGUGUCGAGAGCUGGGCUGUGGUUCUCUUGUGGAGGUUCUGGGAGCAGCUGCUUUUGGUAGAGGGGAGGGUCAGGUGUGGUCAGAGGAGCUUCAGUGUAGAGGAAACGAAUCUCAGAUUCACUUCUGUCCAAAAUCAUCUUCACUCAAACACAACUGCUCCCAUGAUAAUGAUGUGGGACUGGCAUGUUGUGGUCACACUCAGGCUCGGCUGAUGAACGGCUCAGACUCCUGUUCUGGUCGAGUGGAGCUCCAGUACCUCAGUGAGUGGGGUACAGUGUGUGAUGUAAGCUGGGAUAUGAGAGCUGCCAGUGUCCUCUGUGCUCAGCUGAAGUGUGGGAGUUCUGUGGCCGUGUUGGGGUCAGACUGGUUUGGGGAGGGGAGUGGCCGGAUCUGGGCUGGUGUGUUUGAUUGUCAGGGAAACGAAACACACCUGUUAAAAUGUCCCAUUUCAUCAUGGAGUCGAACUGCAUGCUCUCAUGAACAGGAUGCUGGAGUUAUCUGUAGUGGUUCUUCUCUGGCGUCUCAUGAGGGAGGAGUGCGGUUGUCUGGAGGGAUGGAGUGUGAGGGGGAGGUAGAGGUUUUCUUCAGGCAGGACUGGAGGAGAGUUCUGCUGGACUCCUGGAGUGAGUCUGAGGCCUCUGUUUUCUGCAGACAGCUGGGCUGUGGUUCUGUACUCAACACCUCCAGCUCCUCUUCAUCCAGUCCUGAACACAGCUACAUGUGUGUGACGGGUUUCAACUGCUCUGGGAGUGAAGCUCAUCUGAGGAACUGCAGCAGCUCACAAGCAGUUAACUGCAGCUCCACAGUACAGCUCUACAUCACCUGCUCUGGUACAUCUAACACAGUCCACAGCUCCAUCAGGCUGGUUGGUUCUGGGGGAGACUGUGCUGGAAGGCUGGAGGUUUUCCACAGUGGAUCAUGGGGGACAGUGAGUGAUGAAUUGUGGGAUAUUGAGGAUGCGCAGGUGGUCUGCAGACAGCUGCAGUGUGGAGUCGCCCUCAGUGCUCCAGUACCAGUACCAGCCCGGUUUGGAUCUGGAACUGGACCCAUUUGGCUGAAUGAGGUGGAGUGUGAGGGGAACGAGGCGUCUCUGUGGAACUGCAGAUAUCAGCUGUGUGGAGAGGAUGAAUGUGGACACAAGGAUGAUGUAGGAGUCGUGUGCUCAGAGCACAUUCCUCUGAGGCUGAGGGGAGGAGUAGGAAGCUGUUCUGGAUGGCUGCAGGUGUAUCAUAAUAAAACAUGGGGGUCUGUAUGUGGUGACCUCUGGGACAUCAGGGAUGCUCAGGUGAUCUGCAGGCAGCUGGGUUGUGGGCUGGCGCUGAGUGCUAAUAGAAGAGCUGUUGAUGGUUCUGGUGGAGGAACUAUCUGGAUGAACAGAGUGAAGUGUAGAGGGAAUGAGAUUCACCUGUGGGACUGUCCUCAUUCCCUGAAGAACCACACUGACUGCUCCCACAGUGCUGGAGUCACUUGUGGAGGCUUCCUGUAUCAUACUUUGCCUUUAAAUAAUAAAAGAGGACAGAUGGGACAUUUUGUCUUGCAAGAUUCUCAACCACAGACGAGAAGAAUCAUACUUCCACAAACUCCUCCACCAGCUGUUCCCUCCAUCUAUCCAGUGUCUCUCCUGGUUCUGGGAUAUGUGCUCUUUCCUGGCCUUAGUGCUUCUGGUUGUGCUGUUUUAUCAGAACAGAGUGCUCAGGAGAGUGAUCUCUAAGAGGAGGAAGACUUCAGCUGAGCCUGUCUAUGAGAAGAUUGACACCAGGCUCAUCCCUAAAAGAAUUACUGUCUCAACUGAAAGGUGGUGAGCUUCCUGAGGGCUUUGAGGAUAGUUAUCCUGGUGCGUGUCUUUCGUCUGGCCUCUCAGAAGAAAGAUCUGGAGAAGGUCACUACAAGAAAGGUAUCUGAGAACAAAAGGCGGUAACAAAAAGGAUGGAUUUGAUUUGGAUCUCACCUAUGUCAGGGUGGUGAGCUUCCUGAGGGCUUUGAGGAUAGUUAUCCUGGUGCGUGUCUUUCGUCUGGCCUCUCAGAAGAAAGAUCUGGAGAAGGUCACUACAAGAAAGGUAUCUGAGAACAAAAGGCGGUAACAAAAAGGAUGGAUUUGAUUUGGAUCUCACCUAUGUCAGGCACUCUACAGAAAUCCCAUAAAAGAAGCUGCCAUAUUUCUGGACACAAAGCAUCCCGAUCAUUACAGAGUUUACAAUCUCUGCAGUCAAAAAGGCUACGAUCCACUGUUCUUCCAUUACAGAGUGCAACGAGUGAUGAUUGACGACCAUAACGUACCGUCAUUAGACCAACCCACUCGUUAGGACUCCCCCUAUCACUAGUAAUGCCCCAACACACCAGGAGGAUGAAGACUAGCACACUCUUUCUCUGAUACAUGUGAAGUCAGCCACCGCUUCUUUUCGAGCUGCUGCUGAUGCAGCAUUGCCAAGCAGCCAGCACAUUUGGAGGAAAGCGCAGCGGCAGGUGAACCGAGGAACCUGAGGAAAGUGGUGGGAAAUCUCGAGCCAGGUCAGACCUUGGGUUGGGUUUGGGCAGAGAACCUAAGCUCUUAUUCACAUAUUGAACUUUGUGUUAUUGUGUUCUCAGUGACAUGUUGAACUACACUGCCAGUUUGAGGGAAUGUCAUUGCCAUCCACUGCAAAGGAGGCAAAGGUGUGGGAAAGGGCAAUGGCAGUGAUCUGAAGGUGCGGAUCAUAGUGAAAAGAGAGCAGGUGUUCCAGUGUGUCUGUGCCACGCAGACGAACUGUAGGCUGUUCCCAGAUACUGAAAACAAUGCCGUGGUGAUCAGCUUUCAGGAAGGGCCAGUGGUUUGUGGUGAUGUUAAGGUCAUGUUUGAAUCCAGGGCUGGUCUUCCAAAGGGGUAUGAGGACUAUCCUUUCUAUUUCUGGUUCAACACUUCAUUUGUAGAGAACAACAGGCUCUAUCUGUCAAGGGAGGAACUGGACAACCCACGUAAGUCCAAAACCUGGGACAUCUACAAGGAGGACUUUGGUGUGACCGUGUCUUUCAGUGACCCUGCACUUAUGUAGCAGACGACACUUGCUUGUGUAUCUCAACUAAAACCCUUAAGCCCUGCACAAGGUCUAAAUCUUUGCUCUAAUGUAGGUUUCACACACUUAUAAAAGGUGAGUGAUGUUUAGGGAUUGGAUUCAGGCAUAUUGUGCCCCUAAAGCUAUAGCUAUAGCUAUAUAACCUCAACUUUAUGUCCAUCCCCCAUCUUCACUGUAAGAGCUUUUUACUGAGCCGUGCAUACAUCACAAUAUUAUGCAUUUGUUUGUCAAAUGUUUUUUUGUCUUUAAAUGAAGACAAAUGUUUGUGUCAGUUUAGCAUAUUAUGGUUCCAAAAUGUAAAACUUACUCUUUAAGCUUGAGUGUACAUCAAAUAAAGCAAUAGAGGCUGCCACUGUGAAAUGGUCAAUGGUUAUGUGUGCAGAAACUUUUUUUUGUAGUACACAUGUAUUGAAAUAAAUACUAAUGUCUCUGUAA